AGGUACUUCGGGUCCUUCGGGUUCACGUGGCGAGACGAUGAACUGUAGCGAUUCGCGGUUCGAUCUCGGUUAAACGUGUGCGAUCGCGAACCUUGAGGCCUGUUCGCUGUCGGAACGUUCGUUUCGUUGAGAAACUGCCGAGUGACGGAUACGAGGGCUUUCUCGCAGGUCCGAGACUGUUGGACUUACGUUUGAGGUUAGAUUGAGAUCGAUUCCAGGAUGAAGCGAUCGGCGACGAGUUUGGAGGCUGGUGACGCAAGAGCGGAGGACACUGCGGGCGCAGGGGACAACAAGAAGAGGAAGAAAGUGAGAUUCGAGAAAUCCCUGGACAAUAAACCUGCAGGUAAAGCCGCAAAGCCGUCUCUGGCGAAGGCGAACGCCAAGGGAACGAAUUUGAAAGCGGCGAAGAAUAGUUCCACGAUUAAGAAGAUAGACCUGCUCAAGCGGAAGAGGGAGGGGAAAAAGUUGGGACAGAAAUCCAAAGAGGACAAAUCGGGGAAGGAGACCAGCGAGAAAACCGAUUGGGUCAAGCUGAAAAAGGAGAAGAAAGAGCUGAGGCAGAAGCGCAAAGCUAAGAGAUUGAACGACGAUGUGGUGUUCGACAAGAUCGUUCAGGCCAAGCGGAUCGGCGAGAAGUUGCGUAGAUCCGACUGCAAGUCCACCGAUCGUGUAACGCUGACCCGGACGUUGCACGGCAUGCUGGAAAAUCAUUACGGCAAGGUGAUAUUUGCGCACGACAUGUCCAGAGUGGUUCAAUGUAUGAUCAAGUAUUGCGACGAGCACACUCGGCAGGCGAUAUUUCGCGAGACAAAGCCGCUCGUUGUGGAGAUGUUGCAGUCCAAGUACGCAAAGAACUGCGUAAAAGCCAUACUGAAGUACGGCUCGCAAGAAAUCAGGUCCGCGGUUAUCUCUGGAUUUUGCGGCAACAUCGUGAAACUAAUGAGUCACAGCGUAUCGGCCUCUCUCGUGGAACUUGCGUACUGCACCUGGUGCACGAAACUCGACAAGAUACGUUUCAAGCAAGAGUUUUAUGGGGACAUGUAUAAACUGGAAAAGGACAACAGCGUUAAGUCGCUGUCGGACGUAUACAAAGUUGCGACGGACAUGAAGCUGGCCACGCUAUCCGCCGUGAAAGCAAAUGUAAUUAGAAUCUUGAACAAGGGCCUCGUCAAUUCCACCCUGCUGCAGACGGUUCUGUGGGAAUUCCUCUGCGCGUGUUCGACGGAAGAUAGGAGCGAGUUAAUAGUUACGCUGCGAUCUUACAUUAUAACGUUAUGCCAGACGAAGAUGGGAACGAGAGUCGCUACGCAAUGUAUGUGGCACGGCAAUAGCAAGGAUAGAAAAUUUAUUAUGAAGGCCCUCAAGGGAAACGUAAAGGCGAUUUGCGCGUCCAAAUAUGGUCACAUGCUGCUAUUGGCGCUCUUCGAUUCCGUGGACGAUACCGUGCUCGUGCAGAAAAUAAUAUUGUCCGAGCUGCAAGAGGAUCUAGUUAAUAUCGCGCUCAACGAGUAUGGGAAGCACGUUCUAUCGUAUCUUGUGGCCAGAAGAAAGCCGCUUUACUUCUCGCCGGACGUCGUGGAAUAUUUACGCCAGGGUGAUGACAAUUCUUGGAGCAAGAAACUAGCCGAUGUUAGGGAAGGGGAACUCCUCGAGGCAAUCCGCGGCCCGCUUUUCGACGCUGUAAUCGCGGACACAGCUACGUGGUUAUCCAACGGCGGCAUAGCUAUGACUACGCUGGCGAUAUUGAAAGUCGGAUCGGGGGAGAAACUAAAUUCCGCGUUCGAGUCGAUUGCAAAGUUUCUCACCGACAUAGAGGCAAAAAUCAAGGAGAAUGACAGCGAGUUUAAUGUGGUUGAGCACCCUGGACUACACGUAAUGUUGAAGAAACUUAUUCAGAAUGACAAGGAGCUGGUAAAGAAGAACGAAUCUACAUUUGGGGAAAUAUUAAUAUCGCACUUGACGCCAGAAGUGUUAGAAAAGUGGACGGAAUUCAAUAGAUCUUGCUUCUUACUAAUUCUUCUUAUAGAAAACGAAUGUGAGGACGUUAAAGAUAUGUUACUAUCCAAAUUGAAACCGUUAACGGCAAGUCUCAAGACGAAGCGCGGCGCUGGAGCAUCGAUAUUGUUAAAAAAAUUAGAAUAAAUAUGAUGAGCUGAUAUCCGAA